CUGGCACUGGUCAUGGCGGCGCCGGGCGGGGCGCUCGCAGCGUGCGAGGUGGGGCAGCUGACGGUGUGCAUGCCGGCGAUCACCACCGGCGCCAAGCCGAGCGGCGCGUGCUGCGCCAACCUGCGCGCGCAGCAGGCGUGCUUCUGCCAGUACGCCAAGGACCCCUCCCUCGGCGCCUACAUCAGGAGCCCCCACGCGCGCGAGACCCUCGUCUCCUGCGGCCUCGCCGUCCCCCACUGCUAGGCGAGUAUGGCUCAGCAAU